UUGAGCUGAACUUUCCUUCCUUACUGUACAUCCACACUGCAAUAGUACAGAUAUAGCGGCCAACGUUGUGUGUCUAGUUAGUCUGAAAGCGAAAUAUACUACUUUACAAGAGAUUUUAGAAGACAUUAAAGUAGCGUUCAUCGUUGUGUUUUAGAGAUAUGUAAGAAGAAGCCGAUUUUCCAAGCUCUUUGUAGCUGAUCCAUUGUGUAAGGAGCGCGGACAAUGGACAAAUGAUAAAACAUGGAAACAGUCGACAGGUGUUGCCUAACUUUUAUUGCGUUCUUGUGCGUCUUUAAAGUCUGUGAACCACAUACAUGCAACUCUGUCGUUGCUAAGCGUAAUCCAAUGCUUGUACCAGAAGGUGGCAGCACUCACAUGAGCUGUGAUGUGGUGCAUUGUGGCGUCAGCUGGACAGGUGGAUGGCUUUUCAAGGACUUGAACAGUACAACAUUUACUCAAAUCUCUCCUUCUUCACGAAUUCAGCUGUCCAAUGACAGCAAGUCGGCAAACAUCACGCGUCUGACGGUCCACAUUCAAAGCAUCAACCAGUCAGAUGCUGGAUUGUACAAAUGUGAGAUAUUCUGGCCACAACUUCAUUUCAGCAGCAGUGGACAUCUGACUAAUAUUAAUUUGACGGCAGCAGGAGUACAUUGGUCUACAGCAGAGGGGUCAGAGAGAAAGCUCUCAAUUAGACUGCUGGUGUGUUUUGGUGCCUUCAUGUGUUUUCCUGUUGUACUGUGUGUGGUUUGGUGUCUGACUCAGGAUCGUCCAUCAGCACCCCCAGUGCCUCCUCAUCCUCGCACUUCCAUCACAGAACGAGUCAAAACAAAUAAGGAAGUGGUGUAUGCAGAAGUGGCAUUAAAUGACAGAAGGCCACAGAAACCUUGUCCGAAACAAGUGAUGCAGCCAACCAUCUACUCUUCACUGCAUUUCAAAUGAAUUACAAUAACAAACAUUAAUACAAAAAAUUAUUAAAGCAGCAUAUAAGAUACAGGCCAAGUUGAAAACCGGACUGAACUUUUAAAGGGGCCAUGUCACAAGACUUUUUUAAGAUGUCAAAUAAAUCUUUGGUGUCCCCAGAGCACAUAUGUGAAGUUUUAGCUCAAAAUACCAUAUAAAUGAUUUAUUAUAGCAUGAUAAAUUUGCCACUUUUUAGGUGUGUGCAAAAAUGUGCCAUUUUGGGUGUGUCCUUUAAAAUGCAAAUGAGCAGAUGAAUGAUCACAAUGAUGCAAUUAAAACUCAAUUGUGCUGUGAAUUAUUUUCUCUCUCUUUCUCUCUGCACAGCAGUGCUGUGGUUGGAUAGUACAGAUUAAGGGGUGGUAUUAUUAUAAUAAGAGCUCCUUAUGACAUCAUAAGGAGAGCCAAAUUUCAACGACCUAUUUUUUCACAUGCUUGCAGAAAAUGGUUUACCAAAAGUUACUGGGUUGAUCUUUUUCACAUUUUCUAGGUUGAUAGAAGCACUGGGGACUCAAUCAUAGCACUUAAACAUGAAAAAAGUCAGAUUUUCAUGCCAUGGCCCCUUUAAAAUGCUAACAGGUGCUGUGACAUCUGAGCUUGGCUUUCUCAACAGUGCUGUUAUUUGUAAUGAAUGUGUGCAUUGUGUGAGUGAUAUUGUGUGUGUAAUUGUAAAUAUUUGAUGUCAUAUCGAAACAAAAUAGACAGUUCUUUGACACAAAAUACAUUUUAUUUUAUAAUAAAUUCUUAAUGGCACAUGCCAUAACCAAAUAUACAUUUACAUAAUCUUUUAAAUUAUCUUCAUUCAUUUGAGCUUCUGUGUACUUUGCAGUUAUAUUAUGCAACAUCAACAAAAAGCAAUAAAUUAUGGCAGUACAAACAUAAAUGCCAACACGGUAUCAAACAAAGUUUUCACUAGUGUACAAGAAUAUUUAAGUCGCUCUGCUUUGUCUAAUGCCCUCACCAAUGAGUAUCACUGUAUACUAACAAAUGAUUCAUGAGGAAUGAGAGACACAUAGCAAA